AUGGCUGUGCGCUAUUUAUAUCAUACUAGUCGAAGCAACCCGGCGGUACAGCAGUGCAAUUAUCAGAGCCGUCUAUUAGUCCGGAAAGUGGAUUGCAUCAAUAGUGUAAUCUGGAAGCGAUUCUAUUUGUUGCGCCUCUCGUCCGCGUUCCGCUCAACUCGCUUUCCUCGUCUGGCCUCGCCCUGCACCUUUUCAUUCCACUCCGCCCCUCCCUCCCUGCCCGUCCCGUUUUCCCUUUAUCCGCAGUGCCUCGAUGCAUUGCGAAUUGCAUUUACCCCUUCAGAGAAUGAGUUCACGCGCAAAGUUGAGUCAUGCGGAAGGUGUCUUCUUUACCCUCAAAGACUUUAUCGCCUUUUUAAGGCGCUGAGUGACGUGAAGGAGAGGUGCAAUUGCGCAGUGAAGGAUCUUCAAGCGCUUACUACUCAUACUUCGCAACUAGGAGCAGCGGUGACGGAGCAGGAAGAGAGCGAGUCUCUGGUUGCCACUGACCGCAAAGUGUCGGUUGUUCCUCGCCAGGAUCUCUCUUGCAUAGAGACGCGACAAACGUGCCGAGCUGAGGUUGGCUUCUCCCCUAUUUCGGCAGAAAUUCCAUUUGAGAAGCAGCGUAGAACGGUCAUGACGAGAAUAAACGGGUGUGUAGAUGUUCCAGCAAUGUGGUGUAGUGGUUGUCGGCAGCGCAGGCGCCACAAGGGAGCUCUGUGCCGCUCUCUUCCGCGGAGGUCGUGGCGUGGUGGGAGGAGGGGAGGGGCAGAGCAAGGCCGCCCACUUCGCCCCGAGGGCGAUUGUCACGCGGCUGCGCACGCGCAGGCCGAGCGGAUGAUCUCCGAGCAGCAGCAGCGGGGAAUCCGCACGCAAAAGCGCAAGAUCUCUCCUCUUGUGAACAGAAUCCGCUCGCCACAUGCAGCUAUUGGAACGGGUUGCCAGUGCCAGAUCCUGCGGCUAUCGCAGUCUUCAUCUCACAAGCGAAUGAAUGGUCAGCCACGUCACGAUGAAAUCUGCUCUGGUUUCGUUCCAGUGAUGAUUAGGGCGACGAAGAGAGAUAAGUACAUUUUCGGGGACUGUCAACCACCUAUAGUGACACUUCCUGGAGAUGGAAAGCGAAGGAAGCCGCAGGUUAUUAUUGAGAAGCCAAAAAAGCCUGCGCUGAAUGCGAGAGGGUCCCGCCUUCGAACGCAUUGUCGAUUCGCGUCGGGUGGGCGACUCACUCACCUGGCGGGAGCUCGAAGCCGGGACCGCCGUCACGUGACCGCGCCUGUCCACCGCGACCGCCGCCAGCAGCAGGAGCGCGAGCGGCGGCAGGAGCUGCAGGCACAGCGGCGCCCGGCGACGGCACAUGGCGAUGACCCGGAACCUGUAGCUGGCUGGCUCGCUCCUCCUCGCUCGCACUGGGUUAUCUGGCGUCGCGGCCUCCCGUCAUCGCCAGGCAGAGGGCAGAGGCAGCGGCCGCCGCAGCCGCCCGCAGCGCACUGA